GCGCUAGAUAGACGAGCGCCCGACUAAAGGACACACCGAAAUGAACUUCUCCCUGCGAAUGUCCGCCGCCGCCGCCACCGUCACUCGCUAAGCCGGGGAAGGAGGACUUUUGGGCUUCUUUCGGGGGCGCACGGAACUUGCUUUUCAGCCGCUUUCCAAGGGGAGGGGGAAAAAGAGAGGAACACGCUCAUUUUGGCUUUGUUUUCAGGGGGUCGACGACGAGCGCCAUGUCGUCCGCGGCGGUCGCUGCUUCUUCCAGGAGGCAGUCGUGUUACUUGUGCGACCUGCCCCGCAUGCCCUGGGCCAUGAUUUGGGAUUUUACCGAACCCGUGUGCAGGGGAUGCGUCAACUACGAGGGCGCGGACCGCAUCGAGUUCGUCAUCGAGACCGCUCGCCAGCUGAAGCGGGCUCACGGCUUCCAGGAGGGCAGAUCUCCCGGGCCCGUCAAGUCGCAGCUCACCGGGAAGGAGAUCCAGGCGAUCAACCACGCCGCGGCGGGGGAGACCGGCUCGCGGCCGCCGCAGCCGCUGGAUCGCUACCCGCUGUCGUCCGAGCGCCCCCCGAGGCUGGGCUCCGAAUACCAGUCCGGACGGCAGGCCAACGGCAUCCCCGUGCCCAAUGGAUAUCCUAAGCCCGACGAGCCGCCGGAGCUGAACCGCCAGAGUCCCAACCCGCGCCGGAAUAGCGCGGUGCCCCCGAACCUCGUGCCUUUGGUGAACGGCAGCAUGGCGCCCGUGCACGCCGUCAACGGCAGACCGGGCCAGAUGGGGCUGCCCUCCGCCGAGCUGGGCAAGAGACCCGCCUCGGUGUCCGGCGGCGAGCACGACCGCGACGGCAAGGACAAGCACAGGGCGGACAGUCUGACGCCGGAGAUCUCGGAGGGCCACAAAGGCCGAGCGGAGCCCGACUGGAUGGGCAAGGGCAAGACGGUGCGGGACCUGAUGGCCCUGCACACCUUCGACAGCCGCUUCAAGAAGGACCACGCGGCCAUGCAACAAAGGGUGAUGGGCUACGACGGCAGCGCCUCGGCUUCCAAGUCAGACAGAGGAAAGCACCCCCGCAACAUGAAGAGAAAAGCCUCACCUGAACCGGAGGGCGAGGCCACGGCAGCCAAGCUCAACGGAGAAGCGCAGCAGUGGUUACCGCCGCCUUCCGAGGGACUGAAAAUGCCGCCGGUCCCCCCUCCGAGCUUCGCCUCCCCCCCUUCCACGAUAUCCCCGCACUCGCGCACCACCCCGCCGGAGGCAGCCCAGAACGGCCAGUCGCCCAUGGCGGCGCUCAUCAUGGCGGCAGACAACGCGGGCGGGAACAGCUCUCCCAAGGACGCCAACCAGGUCCACUCCACCACCCGCAGGAACAGCAGCAGUCCCCUGUCGCCUUCCUCCAUGAGUCAGAGGAGGCUGGCGCAGAGAGAUGCCUCAGGCGCAGGUACCCCCCACGUGCCGGGCAUGGACCAAGUGCACCCCCAAAGCAUUCCGGACUCCUCGGUACCGGGCAGCAUACCCUUGUGCUGCACGCUGUGCCACGAGCGCUUAGAGGACACGCACUUUGUUCAGUGCCCGUCUGUGCCCUCUCACAAGUUCUGCUUCCCCUGCUCGAGGGAGAGUAUAAAGCAGCAAGGCGCCACGGGCGAAGUGUACUGUCCGAGUGGGGAGAAGUGUCCACUGGUGGGCUCAAACGUACCGUGGGCUUUCAUGCAGGGGGAAAUCGCCACCAUCCUGGCGGGAGACGUCAAAGUAAAAAAGGAGAGGGACCCUUGAUUUGGUUCCGAGCAGAAAAAAAACGAGUAUAAAUAUAUAAAUAUCACUUACGUACCAUUCAGACAAAACUAACAGACUUGUACAUAUUGGACCCAAGGGAAGAGUAUACUUCGUAAACAUGGUUGUAUAAUUUUUGAUUUUUGAAUACAUUGUGUUUCUAUAUUUUUGAAGAUAAAGGUAUGUACUCAUUAUAAUGGACUACGUUCCUCUUUGUUGAUGUUUAACAAAAUUCUCGAUGUACUUCUAGGUCUGGUGGCAGUUCCUGUUUAACGUAGAAUGUGACUAAUGCUACUCUACGAGCACUUGGCAAAACUGAAAUGCUUUUAGCUGUACUUGUAUGCACUUGUUUAAAUAUUGCCAAAUACAAUUUCUUGAUCUUGUAUGAA